AUGCUUCUUCAUUACCUUGCACUUACUUAUGGUACAGCCCUAGUUGUGGGCUCACCAGUUCCCGACCUUGAGCCACAGCUUUCUGAGCCCCUACUUAUUCCAACUAUUCUUGGUAUCACCGAUCCUAUGAUCUCAAACGCACCAGCUCUGCCAAUCCUGCAGGUCCCAGGUCCACCACUCCCUUCUAUUCCCUUCACAGGAAGUAACACUAAGCCGAAGAAGAUUGGAUAUUUUUGGACUGGGGCUGGCGACAAUCAAUAUGCAGAUUUCUUAGCGACUUACAGUCUUGAUGAUGAUACUUUCGGCCAAUUCAUCUGGUUAACAGAUGUACCCACCAGUGGCAACUCGCCUCAUCAUCUGGGUGUCAGCGCAGAUGGAAAAACAUUAGUUGGAGGUGGUUUACUUUCCCUCUUGAAAACUCAGGACACUGCCUACUAUUUCGAUGUCUCAAACCCAUACCGCCCAAAAUUCUCCCACAGCAACAGGGCUCUACUGUCCUCAAUGACGGAUGAGAUUCACGCUAAACCAGACGGAGGUUUCAUCAUCACCUACAUGGGCUCAGCAGCCGGCGCUUCCCCGGGAAGACUCGUCGAAACCGACUCAGAAUACAAUAUCAUUGGCGAAUUUCCAGCCGUUACAGAUAUUGCUGGAACUCUCAACACUGUCGAAGAACCAUUCAACCCUCACGGCCUGACUGUCGACUGGAACAAGAAUAUUAUCCUCACCUCAGACUAUGUGGUUCCAGUCACGAUCCUGAAGCCAUCUCUUGGGAUAGUGCUUGACAACACCUUGCGUCUCUGGAAACUGGAUACUCGCACAGUCAUUAGCACCAUUACAAUUCCUAACGGAGGCGGUAUCCAAGACGUCAAAUUCAUCCCCGGCAACCCCGAGUCCGCUGCUGUUGCUACAGCAGUCGCCUUGGGCCAAGUCUGGAUCAUCUACCCCUUUCGCUACGACAGAAGCGGCAAGCAAGGUGUAGCAGAGCUUCUGUACGACCUCGGUCCCAAAGCCGAGAACGACGGAAAAUAUGCAUACUUCACCCUCACAACAGAUAACCACAUUGCAGCCCUCGAUAUCUCUGACCUCAACAACGUUAAGCGACUCGAUGACCCAAGCACCAUCCAACCAACAAUCGGACCGCAUUACAUCAAAGUCACUCCUGACCAGAAACACAUCAUCGUCAAUGACUACUUCUUGCAAACCGGAGACAAUGGACUGGUCAACACACCUGCUGAUUACAGAGCGCUGUAUAUUGAUAUCAAUCCUGAUGGGAGUUUGCAUUUUAAUCGCAGUAUCGAUUUUGUACAGCAGUUUUCGAGGGGUGGAAUCAAUGAUCGCGGUGGGGCGAAACCACAUUCUACUGUGGUGUUUGAUUUGACGGACCCGGCCCAUCCUUAUUAUUCCUGA